AUGGCUCCGAAAGAUAAGCUGUUGAAGGGACAAAGACCAAUAUCGUCCUUCUUCUUUGUGAAGCCAGACAAGAAGACUGCUGGAAACGGCUCAUUGUCUCAGCCUAGCACAGCAUCGGUGGACAAGGGAUGCAAGAGGGCUCAGCCCUCCUCACACCGUGAGUCAGACCAGGCAGAUGCCGGCCCAAAUGGUGAGCAGCCUCCAAGGAAGCGCACGCGGCCAACGGACAGCAGCCUGCAGACCAAGCACACACCUGCAGCAGACUUGCAGGCAGCGGCAGCCGAGGAGGGCAAUGUGAGCCUCCAGGACGGCACUCCUGAGCAAGGGCGAGCGCCAGGAGGGGAUGCAGACGUUCACUGCAGCGUGGACUUGCUCGGCAGUUCGAGCCCAGGCAGGGAACAGCCAGGAGCCAGCGGCAGGAGCGCUGCUCUGUCCGACGCCGACCAGGCCAAGCGGCACUUGAGGUUUCAGAACAAGCUGGUGCUCGGCCCGGCCUCGGGCCUGCAGAAACGAGGCAGCGCAGUGGACAUUGUCCCCCAGAAGCGCACCCCUCUAGAGGAGCAGGUGUACGAGCUCAAACGCAAGCACCCUGGCGUGCUACUGGUCAUUGAGGUCGGCUACAAGUUUAGGUUCUUCGGGGAGGACGCAGAGAUUGCCGCACGGGAGUGCAACAUUUUCUGCUAUCCUGAUCGGAACUUCAUGACUGCCUCCAUCCCCGUGCCGCGUCUCCAUGUCUAUGUGAGACGGCUUGUGGAGGCGGGAUUCAAGGUUGGGAUCGUCAGGCAGACAGAGACUGCUGCGCUGAAGAAGGCUGGAGACAAUCGCAAUGCCCCCUUCACCCGGCAAUUGACUGCCCUGUACACAAGGGCCACCCUGGAGGCUGGAGACAAGGAUCAUGUUGGUGAGGGGCGGGGCAGCACGUUCAGCAGCGAGGCUGGCACGGCGUCCUGGACCAACGAGGGCCUCUCCUCCUACCUGGUGUGCGUGGUGGAGGGCACCGCAGAGAACGCUCCCCAGGGCGCAGUAGACAUCGGCAUCGUGGCCAUCGAGACCAGCACCGGCGACGUUCUGCAUGCCCAGUUCAGGGACGGCAUGAUGCGCACAGAGCUGGAGGCGCGCCUGGUGUUUGCUGCGCCCAGCGAGCUGCUGAUUGCCACUCCCAUCAGCUCGGCCAGCCAGCGGCUGCUGGGCGCCUUCACCAGCCAGUCGCGCGGCCUGCGCUCGCAGACCGCCCCCCGCGCCCGCUACUCCAGCGGCGGCGCCGUCGCAGCAGUCACCGCCUUCUACGCCCACGCAGGCGUGCCGGAGGGAGCGCUGGAAGCGGUGCUGGCGCUGCCGCACCUGGUGGUGGAGGCGCUGGCGUUUGCAAUAGACUACCUGAAGCCCUAUGGCAUGGAGGCAGUGCUGCGCGUGGCUGCCUCCUUCCGCCCCUUCAACACCCAGCACGAGAUGUCCCUGUCCCCCAACACCCUCUCGCAGCUGGAGAUCCUGCACAACAACGACGAUGGGCGGGAGCGGGGGUCGUUGCUGUGGCUGCUGGACCACACGCGGACGCCGUUUGGGAGCCGGCUGCUGCGCUCCUGGGUGGCGCACCCGCUGCGAGACGCCGACCGCAUCGCCGAGCGCCUGGACGCCGUCGAAGAGCUUGCUCGCGCCAUAGGCGGCAUGGAGGGAGCGGCGGGGUGUGUGGUGGAGGCACUGACCGGCUUGGGUGACCUGGAGCGGGGCAUCACCCGCAGCCUGCACGGCACUGCCGCACCGGCAGAAUUCAGCAGGAUGCUCCGCGCGCUCUCCACCGUGGCUCCAAAGCUGGGCGUGCAGGCGGAUGCGGAUCUGUCAUCGGAUGCCGCUCUGGAGGGCCUAUCAUCGUGUCUUCUGCAGCGCCUGUUCCGCGCCGCUGCAUCCAGAGAGGUGGCAGAGGCUGCGUACGAGAUGCUGUCGGUGAUGGACGAGGAGGCGGCGGCCGCCAACAACAAGAUCGACCUGUUCAUCAGCGAGGAGCGCUUCCCUGAGGUAUUUGAGGCGCGCCAGGAGGUUGCCGAUGCAGAUGAAGGCCUGGCCAAGCUGCUGCCGGUCCUGCGCAAGACGCUGGGCCUGCCGCGGCUGGACUACGUGAGCGUGCAGAACCAGGGCGACUUCCUCAUUGAAGUCCCCGCCGACCGCCAAGACAUCCCCAGGGAUUGGGAGAAGAUAUCGGGCACCAAGAAGGUGAACCGCUUCCGGCCGCCAGAGGUACGGAAUGCCUUGGCUGCCCUGGAGCUGUCCCGCGAGCGCCUGCAGCUGGCCGCCGACCAGGCGUGGAAGGCGUUCAUGCGCGACUUUGGCUCCCUCUACUCGCCCUUCCGCUCGGCUGUGCAGGCGCUGGCGGCCCUGGACGCGCUGCAGUCUCUGGCCUCCCUCGCCAUCGACCCAGAGUAUGUGCGGCCGGAGAUAGUGGGGGAGGAGGAGCAGCCGCAGCUGGUGAUAAGGGGUGGGCGCCACCCGGUGCUGGCCGCCAUGAUGGCAGAGGCGCAGGUGGUGCCCAAUGACACACUCCUGGGGGGCGCCACCGGACCGCGCGCCUGCAUCAUCACCGGGCCUAACAUGGGGGGCAAGAGCUGCUACAUCCGCCAGGCUGCAUUGAUCGCUAUCAUGGCCCAGGUGGGGUCCUUUGUGCCUGCCGAGUCGGCGCGCAUGCAUGUCUUCGACUCGGUGCACACACGCAUGGGCGCCUCGGACAACCUCGCCAUGGGCCGAUCCACCUUCCUGGAGGCAAGCCCACUGGCAUACACCCCAUGCACCUCAGAUUCGGAGCUGUCAGAGACGAGCGAGAUCCUGGCGCACGCGACGCCACGAUCGCUGGUGAUCAUAGACGAGUUGGGCCGCGGCACAGCGACGCAUGAUGGCCUUGCCAUUGCGCAUGCGACCCUGCAGCACCUUGUCACCACCACUCGCUGCCUCACCCUCUUUGUGGCGAGCUUGCAGCAGGACUACCCGGCACUGGUGUCCACAUUCUACAUGUCCUACAUUCAGCAGGACCCAGAUGAUGGGCAGCCCCUGCCGGGCAGCUCUCCGCAGCCGAAGGCAGGCGCGCGCGGCCGCCAGGCACUGCAGGCGCUGCCGUCCACAGGCGCCAGUGUGGAUGUAGCUGCAGACGACGCAGACCAACCGGCUGUGUCAGUGCCGCGCAUUGUCUUCCUCUAUAAGCUUGCGGCCGGCGUGGCAGACAAGAGCUUUGGGCUCAAUGUUGCGCGGAUGGCGCAUCUGCCGCCGUCAGUGAUUAAGCAGGCUGGAGUCAGGGCAGCCCAGAUGGAGUCUGACACCCUCCGGCGGCUGUCCAGGCCCCGAGCAGCUGAUGACACAGAGGAGAAUGAUAUUGAGGCUGGCAGAGAUGUUCCUUUGGGCUUGCUGAAGCAAGUGUCAUCUGCCAUCAACUGCAAAACAGCUGCGCAGGCAUCUCUCUUACAGCUGCAGGACCUUCAAAGGCAGGCCAAGACCGGGGAUUUUGUCAAUGGGAAUUUGUCGUGAAACAUGGCCUGAAUAGAAAGUUACAACUUGCAAGGAAAAGGAACAGCAACUACCUGAAUGCAAACUAUGGAAUCAAUGAAUCGAUGCAAAACCUUUCCAAACAAAGAGCAACAUUACCCUUAGAUUGUGAGUACCUAGCUAGAGUUCUUCGAAGUAGUGCAAAAGGUUGAAACUCUACAUGCUCUGCAACGUACUGUGUAAACUACAUUGCAUC